GCAAUUCAGAAGAACAAGAGGAUGGUGGAGGCUGUUAUAAUAUUCCAGGAUGGGGAACCUUCAAAUAUGCAGGCCUGCAAGGUGUAAUGUCAGUUUUGGCUGAUAUUCGUGCCAACAAUGACCUUGGGCAUCCGGUCUGUUCUAACCUCAGACAAGGAGACUGGUUAAUGGACUAUAUCGCCAAUAGACUGAUACAUAGAGAAGGACCUCUGGCACAGGUUGGACAAUGGCUGGAGGCAAUGUUUACUUAUCUGAAGCACAUCCCACGUUAUCUUAUCCCCUGUUACUUUGAUGCAAUCCUUGUAUCCACUUUCACCACAGCUCUGGAUGCAACUUACAAACUCAUGUCAAGUUUCAUUCAGAGUGGCUCUAGCUUUGUACGACACUUGGCUUUGGGUUCUCUUCAGAUGUGUGGUGUCGGACGCUACCCUGGUCUUCCUUCUCUUUCAGUCAAAAUUGCGAAUGUUCCAUAUUGCGUCAGCUCAAUAACUGGACAGAAGGAGCAGUGCUGCGUAACAGUGGCUGCAGGUCUUCCCCAUUUCUGUACUGGAAUUUUUCGUUGCUGGGGCAGAGAUACUUUUAUUGCUCUCAGAGGACUGAUGCUGUUGACUGGGAGACACACUGAAGCCCGAAACAUCAUCUUGGCAUUCGCAGGGACAUUACGUCAUGGUUUGAUCCCAAACCUGUUGGGAGAGGGUCGUUUCGCCAGAUACAAUUGCCGUGAUGCUGUAUGGUGGUGGCUGCAGUGCCUCCAGGAUUACGUCAGCCAUGUUCCCCAAGGGUGUUGUAUCCUCCAGUUUCCUGUCACACGCAUGUACCCAACUGAUGAUAGUGAGCCCUGUACACCAGGAGAAGUGGAGCAGCCUCUGUAUGAUGUGAUUCAAGAGAUUUUGCAACGCCACCUCGAUGGAAUUUCCUUCAGAGAGCGAGAUGCUGGACCCAAGAUAGACAUGAACAUGAGAGACGAAGGUUUCAAUGUGGCGAUUUAUGUGGAUCCUGCAACAGGCUUUGUCCAUGGAGGAAACCGUUUUAACUGUGGCACUUGGAUGGAUAAAAUGGGAGAGAGUGAGCGUGCAAGAAACAAAGGCAUACCUGCUACUCCCAGGUAA